AUGUCUUCGGGCUACAUAGCUCUUCCUGGGCCCAAAUCGUCAUCCAAGUUUCCCCUUGAGCAGCUGGUUGGGCCUCAGUCGCGGUUUAAGAUGCAGAAGGUCGUUUGGGAUGGCACAUUCUCCAUACCCAUCGUCGACGAAGGUGGUCGAUACAUCGGGCUCUGUGCCGGCUCUGAUGCCUCCAAUUGGCCAGACACGCAUCAGUCUGCUGCCACUGCUCUGGAGGAAACUCGAGGAGGGGUGUCCUGGGGAAAAGAGGAUAGGCGGCAUAGGCAUGGGACCUUCUUUGCACGUAACGUUGGUAUCUCACAUGGGGGUGGACAGACUAGGCCCAUGGUUUUGCAUCACAAUGCCCCCGACGAUGCAGUUCUCUCUGGGCUCCUGAAACACCCCUCAUUCGUUCGAAUGGCUGGACAUGCGUCAGGCUCCACUCCUACUACGCCGACCACCUACAGAAGCUCCUGGACCACGACAAGACCCUCACCUGUAACUUUGAAAACAGCGUCUUUGCCACCUGUGCCUUCAACUUUGGCCUGCAAACCAUAUGCCAUUGACAUCGCGACCACGCCAACCUACCCUUUGGCUGGUGUGCCAUCACGGCGCUUGGGCAGCCACUUGGUUCUCUGGGACCUUGGAUUGGUCAUUGAGUUCCCCCCCGGAUCCACAAUCUUUAUUCCUUUGGCGUUGUUAGACCAUUCCAACGCCUCGAUUCAGAAGGAAGAGCAACGCUAUUCCUUUAUGCAGUAUACGGCUGGGGGGACAUUUCAGUGGGUUGAUUACGGGUUCCAAAAGGCAGACGAAUACCUUGCGUCUCUGUCUGAGGAGGAGCAGCAGGCAGCAGCUGAAGAAGGUCGUGAUCGAUUGGCGUUUGGACUCUCUCUUUUUUCCACCAUCAAUGAAUUUCAAUAG